GACAAAGAUACUCAGAAAAAAGUAAAGGACCGAAGAAGGAGACUGGAGAGACCAGGAUCCUUCCAGCUGAACAAAGUCAGCCGCAAAGCAGACUAGCCAGCCGGCUACAAUUUGGAGUCAGAGUUCCAAAGACAUGGGCUUGUUGGAGUGCUGUGCAAGAUGUCUUGUAGGGGCCCCCUUUGCUUCCUUGUUGGCCACUGGAUUGUGUUUCUUUGGGGUGGCACUGUUCUGUGGCUGUGGACAUGAAGCACUCACUGGCACAGAAAAGCUAAUUGAGACCUAUUUCUCCAAAAACUACCAGGACUAUGAGUAUCUCAUCAAUGUGAUCCAUGCCUUCCAGUAUGUCAUCUAUGGAACUGCCUCUUUCUUCUUCCUUUAUGGGGCCCUCCUGCUGGCUGAGGGCUUCUACACCACCGGUGCAGUCAGGCAGAUCUUUGGCGACUACAAGACCACCAUCUGCGGCAAGGGCCUGAGCGCAACGUUUGUGGGCAUCACCUAUGCCCUGACCGUUGUGUGGCUCCUGGUGUUUGCCUGCUCUGCUGUGCCUGUGUACAUUUACUUCAACACCUGGACCACCUGCCAAUCUAUUGCCUUCCCCAGCAAGACCUCUGCCAGUAUAGGCAGUCUCUGUGCUGAUGCCAGAAUGUAUGGUGUUCUACCAUGGAAUGCCUUCCCUGGCAAGGUGUGUGGCUCCAACCUUCUGUCCAUCUGCAAAACAGCUGAGUUCCAAAUGACCUUCCACCUGUUUAUUGCUGCAUUUGUGGGAGCUGCAGCCACACUGGUUUCCCUGCUCACCUUCAUGAUUGCUGCCACUUACAACUUUGCCGUCCUUAAACUCAUGGGCCGAGGCACCAAGUUCUGAUCUCCUGUAGAAAUUUCCCUUUCUCUAAUAGCAAGGCUCUAACCACACAGCCUACGAUGCUUCAUCUCCCAUGUUAACUCUUUGCCUUUGCCACUGACUGGCCCUCUUACUUGAUGAGUGUAACAAGAAAGGAGAGUCUUGUGGUGAUUAAUGUCUCUCUAUGGACUCUCCCCUCUUAUGUACCUCUUUUAGUCAUUUUGCUUCACAGCUGGUUCCUGCUAGAAAUGGGAAAUUCUUCAGAUGGUGACUCCCCAACUGCAAGUCACAAAGAAAUGGAGGCUGUAAUUCAAUUUUCAAGCAUCUCCUGAGGACCAGGAAGUGUUUUCUUCUCACAGGGCACUUCCACCGAUGGAAACAAAGUGGAAAUAAAGAUACUCAGGUAGAGAGAAGGGAUGUACCUGGUCCCUUUGACACCUAUUAGGGCCAAAUACAUUCUCCUUGGUGUACGAAACAAAGAACCUACUUCUGUCUCCCUCUUACCACUGAAGAUAGAAGAAAAAAAAUGCAGUCAAAACAAUAGGAGCAUUUGCCCAAAUCUACCUAUUGAAGCUGGGAGAAAAGGGUCAAAGCAAGGAUCUUUCACCCAUAGAAAGAGAGCACUGACCCUGAUGGUGAUGGACUAUUUAAGCCCUAACUCAGCCAACUUACUUAUAGCAUAAGGGAGCGUAGUGUCUGUGUAGCCCAAGGGGGCACUUGGCCUUACACCUUAUUAGAGAAGAGAGGCAAGGUGUUGUCAGCAUCUUCUCACUCCCUUCUCCUUGAUAACAGCUACCAUGACAACCCUCUGGUUUCUAAUGAGCUGAGAACAGAGAGAACCUAGCUCAUAUGAAAUAAAAAGACUGACCGAAGGAGCAGCAGUUGUUAGUGGCUAACGGUGUAAACUGAGCUAGCCCUCUGGUAGACACAGGAUAGCUAACUCUUCAGAUAGCGUGUCUUUUUUCUGUUGAUUAGUUGUAUACUCUGGCCUCUGUCAUAUCUUCACAAUGGUGCUCUUUUCAUGGGGUAUUAUCCAUUCAGUCAUAGAGGAUAAUUAGAAGAUCUUGAUUUGUUUCAGAAUGAUGCAUAUUUCACAUUUUCCAAUUUGUUUAUCACUUUUUUUGGGUUGUACCAGAAAGGUCUAGGAAAUGAUUCUUUGAUUAUGAUUCUUUAACAGAUGAACAUUGAACAUUAAACAUUGCAAAUAAUAUUUAAAAUUGGCUAGUCCCAUACAUCUACUAGAUUUUCUCCAAAUUAUUCUGCUCUUGGUUGAAACAGAUUUGGUGAAUUUGAACCUCAAUUUGAAUAACUUAUUUGUUCUUUUUAUGCUAGUGGGGGGUGAUUUGAUUUAGCAGUGUUAACUUGGUGUAUAAAGAGUCAGGUUUAACGUGCAGGUUAUUCUAGUAUAGAUUACAUAACCAAAUGCCUUAGCCAUCAGGCUCCAUGGAAAUGGAAAUAUGGAAAGAGUUUGAAACUUGAAUAUCUCCCAGGUUUCAGGCUUCUCUUUCUGUGUUUGUUAACUUUGGGUUAAAAAAGAAAAGGCUGAGUGGUCUUUAUCGAAAGAAAGAUUUUAUGGAUAUUACUGCAGAUGGCUCUUUUGUUUUAAAGAGCUACUUUGUUUUCCCUCCUCCAAAGUGGUUUCAGCAACGUUUAAGGAGAUGUAAGAUAUUUAUAAAAAUAUACUUAAUAUUUGUCUUCAGACCAGUAUACAAGAUAAGCUUCAAGGCUGCAUAGAAGGAGGAGAUGGAAAAGAUUCUGUGAGAAACCAAUCAAGAUCAAGGAAAGUGAAGUAAUCCAUAUCUUGUGUUUUGUUUUGAUUUAAUAACAUAACAAAUAACCAACCCUUCCCUGAAAAUCUCCCAUGCAUACAUACACACAUAUACACACAUGAAGAGAGUUAACUGAAAGUGUUCCUUCAUUUCUGAUAUAGAAUUUCAAUUUAACACACAUAAAGGAUAAACUUUU